AUGGGGGAUUUCCUUCAUGACCUGAUGAAUAUGAUGGAACAAAACGUUGUGGCCGAGAAGGAAGAGAGCCUAGAGGAUCUGCAAAAAACAUUUGUGGAUUUGUUUGGUGAGGAUCUGGCGGGCUUGGUGGAGCAAGACGAUCCAAUGUUCGCGAAUAGGGCCAGUGCACCAAAGAAGCGCAACUUUCUGGUCAAAAAGGUAAAUUUGGAAAAUGAAGUGAUUUCUGAUCCUGGCCCGUGA